GCGCCGGGGAUGCUGCGCCUUGCGGGGCUCCGCACCUCCGCAGGCCUGGCCGCCGCGGCCAGGGUCCCCGCCGCCCCGCGCCCCCCGGGCCUCAGCCUUCGUCUCCUCCGCGCCGCGACCGUGGAGCGCCCCGCUGCGGGAGAAAUAAAUUCCCACGAAUGUGAAAGCGUGUUAAGCAAAGACAAAGUCUCAGGGGAAUUAGAAGCCAGCACUGUGGACUCCCUGACGGACAUGCCGUUUGCUACUGUAGACAUUCAAGAUGAUUGUGGAAUCAUUGACGUACCUCAAGCAAAUUCAAAGAGAAGCAAAGAAAAUGAAGGCAUCAAGAAUGAGCACAUAAAGAAGAGGAAAAAACCCUCGAAAGAUUAUCAACCCAACUAUUUCUUGUCUGUUCCGAUCAUCAACAAAAAGAUUAUAGCAGGAAUUAAGGUCUUGCAAAAUACGAUACUACAACAGGAUAAACGACUGGCCAAAGCCAUGGUUGGUGAUGGUUCCUUUCAUAUCACCUUGCUGGUGAUGCAGUUAUUAAAUGAAGAUGAAGUAAACACUGGUACUGAUGCACUUUUGGAACUGAAGCCAUUCAUUGAGGAAAUCCUUCAAGGGAGGCACCUGACUUUGCCCUUCCAGGGCGUUGACACUUUCCGAAGUCAGGUUGGCUUUGUGAAGUUAGCAGAUGGAGAUCAUGUUAAUACCCUUACGGAGAUAGCAGAGACUGCACAAAGAAUAUUUCAAGAAAAAGGCAUCCUGGCAGGAGAAAGCAGAAGUUUUAAGCCUCACUUGACCUUUAUGAAACUGUCAAAAGCACCAGUGCUCAGGAAGCAGGGAGUGAAAAAAAUAGAGCCCGAAUUGUAUGAACAAUUCAUCAACCACAGAUUUGGAGAAGAAAUUCUGUACCGGGUAGAUCUGUGCUCCAUGCUGAAGAAAAAGCAAAGUAAUGGUUAUUACCACUGUGAGGCUUCCAUUGUGGUUGGCAAGAAGCCAGUUGGGAUCCAAGACUUAAUCAAUGAAGCUUUGCAGCGAGAAAGGAUGGAGCUGAAGUCCAAAGUGAAACAGAUCAAGGAACUUUUGCUAAAGCCUGAGACUCAGGCCAUGAUUAGGAAGGAGCUUUUUGAAGGAAGAGUUCUUAAUGACGGUAAUCACACAAGCGAUGCUGAUUCCAGCAUGACUUUGCUGUAGGUCUCUGCUGUGGUUCCGGCUGUGGAAAGUUUUUGACUCUCAGCCCAGUCCAUAGAUAGCCCUUUGGUAAAUAACUAAAGUGUUCUUACAGUGUCUACACAGCCCACGAACCAACAUUUGGUAAGGAAUUAACAACUUCUUGCCAAAGAAAACAUAUUUUUGCCUUAUCAUCAUCAUCAGCUAAAGUUGAGUUUUUGAAUGUUUGUUUGGGUGUUGUUGACUCAUUUUAUAGAAAUAACUUUUUAAUUAGCUGUUGUGAGAUGUUCCAUGGGUCCUUGCAGAUAAAAAACAAAAAACGUUGACCAUGAAAGAUCCUUUAUAGUCAAAACCAAAAUGAAACCAACAACAGUAUUCUAAGGGUCGCCUGCCUCCUGUUGAUAUGGCCCUUUUCUUACUAGCCUUGUCCUGGCUUGUCCAGUCUCACAUCACGUCGAUGACAAUUUGAAUGCUUAUUGAGUAUCAGUACUUGAAUGAACAUUUGUAAAUGUAAUCAUUGCAGUCGCUGGUUAAGAAUGUUUUUUUAAAUAAUAUCCACAUGUAUUAUUUUUCACUGAUGAAAAUGUAGUUUGCAUUUUCAUUUCUUAGUUAGCAAAUGUUCAGUGUUUUUAUUUUCUCCUUCUGUGAAGAUGAGCCCCAAGUCUUACGGUGGUCUUCACAGUUUGGAUAGUUUGCACUGGUUCAUUUUCAAAAGAACAUUCUUAAAAUGUUUCUCCCCAUGUGAUGUUUAUUUGUAACAGCUUUUUCAGUCAUCAUUUAAAAAUUGCUGCUACUAAUAGAGGAUGGGGGAAGGAAAUGAUUAGAGAUCAAAUGUAUAAUCAUCUCACUUAUACAAUACAGUUUGCUCAUGAAUUUUUGGCUAUUUUUUCCACUGGGUAAAUAAUACUACAUUGAUUCAUAAUGUAAUACUUUAUGAGUUCCUGCAUUUUCAUGCCUCUUAAUAAAUGUACUGCUUCCCCUG